AUGACCGCCUCGCUCCGCUUCGACGGCGCGCUCAACGUCGACCUGACCGAGUUCCAGACGAACCUGGUGCCGUACCCGCGGAUCCACCUGGCCAUCGCCUCCUUCGCGCCCAUCAUCUCGGCCGAGAAGGCGUACCACGAGCAGCUCUCCGUCUCCGAGAUCACCAACGCCGUGUUCGAGCCCGCCUCGAUGCUCAUCAAGGUCGACCCACGCCACGGCAAGUACAUGGCGUGUUGCCUCAUGUACCGUGGCGACGUGGUGCCCAAGGACGUCAACUCGGCGAUCGCCACCAUCAAGACGAAGCGGACGAUCCAGUUCGUGGACUGGUGCCCGACCGGCUUCAAGUGUGGCAUCAACUACCAGCCUCCCACGGUCGUGCCGGGCGGCGACCUCGCCAAGGUGAUGCGCGCCGUCACGAUGAUGUCUAACUCGACGUGCAUCGCCGAGCUCUACUCCCGCAUCGACCACAAGUUCGACCUGAUGUACGCCAAGCGCGCCUUCGUGCACUGGUACGUCGGCGAGGGCAUGGAGGAGGGCGAGUUCUCCGAGGCGCGCGAGGACAUGGCCGCCCUCGAGAAGGACUACGAGGAGGUCGGCGCAGAGUCGGCCGAGGGCGAGGGCGAGGAGGAGGGGGAGGAGUACUAG